AUGAGGUUCCGGGAGCCGCUCCUGGGCGGCAGCGCCGCGAUGCCCGGCGCGUCCCUGCAGCGGGCCUGCCGCCUGCUCGUGGCCGUCUGCGCGCUGCACCUCGGCGUCACCCUCGUCUACUACCUGAGCGGCCGCGACCUCAGCCGCCUGCCCUACCUGGUCGGGGUGCCCCCGCCGCUGCAAGCCGCCGCCGGGCAGCCCUCGCCCGCGGACGGCACGGCCCGGCCGCCCCGGGGCAGCGAUCCCGGCCCCGACGCGGCUGCCCUCCCCGGCCUCGCGAGCAACUUGACUGCGGCCCCGGGGUCCCUCGUCCCCGCCCUGCCGCUGCCCGCCUGCCCCGAGGAGUCCCCGCUGCUCGUCGGCCCCAUGCAGAUCGAGUUCAGCAUACCUGUGGACUUGGCGCUUGUGGCAAAACAGAACCCCGAGGUGAAGGUGGGUGGUCGCUACGCCCCCAAGGACUGCGUCUCUCCUCACAAGGUGGCCAUCAUCAUCCCCUUCCGCAACCGGCAGGAACACCUCAGGUACUGGCUGCAUUACCUGCACCCGAUCCUGCAGCGUCAGCAGCUGGACUACGGCAUCUACGUGAUCAAUCAGGCUGGAGAGUCCACAUUCAAUCGCGCUAAGCUCCUCAACGUGGGCUUCCGAGAGGCCUUGAAGGACUAUGACUACAACUGCUUCGUGUUCAGCGACGUGGACCUCAUCCCCAUGGAUGACCGGAACGCCUACCGGUGUUUCUCCCAGCCACGGCACAUCUCUGUGGCAAUGGACAAGUUUGGGUUUAGCUUACCUUAUGUUCAGUUUUUUGGAGGUGUGUCUGCCCUAAGUAAACAACAGUUUCUCACCAUCAAUGGAUUUCCUAAUAAUUAUUGGGGCUGGGGAGGUGAAGAUGACGACAUUUUCAACAGAUUAGUUUUUAAAGGUAUGUCCAUAUCUCGCCCGAAUGCCGUGGUUGGGAAGUGCCGGAUGAUUCGCCACUCGAGGGACAAGAAAAAUGAACCCAAUCCUCAGAGGUUUGACCGAAUUGCACACACAAAGGAGACAAUGCUGUCUGAUGGUUUGAACACACUGACUUAUAAGGUGUUGGACAUAGAGAGAAACCCCCUAUAUACCAAAAUCACAGUGGACGUCGGGAAACCAAGCUAG